AUGGAGAAGCUUCCAUUGUUAGAUAGUCCUAGACUGGACACCUCUGCAUCGUCUCUGUUGCAGGGAACUGGCGAAUACACUCAACAACAACAACAACAACUACAACAUCAACAGGAACAACAUCAACUACAUAAUGGUGGUGGCAAGGAUCUGAUGAUAGACCUGAACGAAACAUAUAAUGCUAAUGUUCCAUCAAGCAGUAAUAGUGGAGGUGGUGGCGGUGGUAUGAUCAUUGACAGCAACAACAACAAUAAUAGUAACAAUAAUAACAAGAGAGAUGAAGAUGGGAGGAAACAACUGUUGAGUUCAUCAAUCUACUCAUUGAUCAACAUGAAGGCCAAAGAUAAGCGACAGAUAUUGAUCAUUUCAGAGGAGAGGGAUGCCCUCUACUCAUACACAUAUGAUGAGUUGAUGAAGUUCUUGAACAUGCUCAACCAAAAGAUGAUGAUCGAUAAGGAUAAACAGGAACAUGGAGACCAGCAACAGCAACAACAACCACAACAGCAACAGCGCCAAGAUUUGAAGGGUCUUCAACGCCUGGAUGAAGACGACGAGGAUGAUGAUGGAGAGAGUGGAUCAAUGGACAAUAUGUCACUCAAGGACGUACUCUCUUAUUAUGGACGAGCUCACAUCAAUAAGAUUCCAAAGCAGCUACACAAAAUACUUGAGGAGCCUUGCUGGAUCGACUUGCAGGGUCUCACUGACGAGGAGAUUGAGAGUGUUGGCGAGGAGCUUGGACUUCAUCCACUGACUGUAGAGCAGAUACUCAACAAUGACAGCAGUGAGAAGUGUGAGGAGUUCCCCGACUACCUGUUCAUCAUCUGCUCGGAGCUGUCCUACGACGUGGGCGCCGAGUUGCGCGAAGCAUUCUUCUACAUCAUCCUGUUCAAAGAGUUCAUUGUGGUCUUCCACCGCGAGCCUCUGGACUGCUUCGACAAUGUCAUCAAAUCUUUCAGAUACCUUGGCACAUCAUCACAUCUUUCCAGCUCAGAGUGGCUACUCUUUGCCUUCUACGACUCAAUCAAUGAAGGCUUCACACUGCACAGCGAUCGACUCGUCACCGAUGUCGAAGUGCUAGAUUCAUUCAGUUUCCAGGAGACAGUGGAGUUUGAAGAGGUCAACCUACGACUUGGACGUGCCAGUCGAAAGUGUACCCAACUACUUCUUUGUCUAUUCAUCAAGAUUGACAUCCUUUCAGCGUUACUUCGUGAGACCAUCUCCAAAGAGACAGAGAUGUACCUUAACAAUGUCAAGGACAAGACUGUACGACUCAAACAACAUGUCAAGAUGACAGAAGACUUAUUGGAAAACCUAAAGAACGUCUUCCUCUCAAAGUUAUCUUUGAUCAUGAAUGAGGAGUCACACAGCUUGAACACUAGUAUGCAGAAGUUUACAUCGCUUGGCUUGAUAUUCAUGCCUCUUAAUCUCAUCGCUGGCGUGUUUGGAAUGAACAUGCUGUUCCCAGGACACAUUGCCAUCGACUCCCAGUACAUACCAUUCAUCAUUAUCAUCGUAACUAUUGUAACGAUGGCCAUAUCAUCCUUCUUUGCCUUUAGAAAGUGGCGAUGGUUGUAA